CACAGUAGGCACUGUCACCCUGAGGGAAGGGGCUGGAGGACACACGCGAAGAGAAGAGAGGAUACCCGGAAUGCACAGCAAGUGAUCGUCAGCAGUCUCCACCAGCUGGGCACCCCUCGUCGAUCCAGUCCUUCGUUGUCACAACCAAGAUGAAACCGGCGGUUGUUUUAGUCGGCCUGAGUGUUGCUGUCAUGGCUGUAAUGGUUUUCCAGGCCGUGCGCCAGGAGCUGAACCUGCGUAGUCUGAGAACCCGCAUGGUGGAGAACUCGGCGGCGGUCAAGAGGAAAGAGGAAGCCAUCAUCGAGGUGAAAAACAAGAUCCAGACGCUGAAGACAACCCUGGCGUCUGUCAACGCCAAGAUGGAUGAGCUGAAGACGAAGAAGGCAGAUACUGAAAAAGCAACACAGGAGCUUGAUGCAAGUUUGCAGACCUGUAACUCAGAAAAGGCAGCUACUGAAAAGAAGAAGACAGAAGUAGCAGAGGCCCUGACUAAACUCAAAGCUGAUCAUGAAGAGGCUAAAAACAAGGCUGAGGCAGACAUUCAGGGCUUGAAACAACAGAUCUUGGACAGAGACAAAGCUAUUUGUGCCUUUGCAGAUACAACAAAGGAGGAAGCACGGAAACUGUGUGGAAUUUCUGAAGCUCCAAAAUAAAGAAACAUUUAACUUGGACUGUGAACUUUUUAAAAAAAGAAGCAAGCCACGCAUACAAGGACAUAUUUUCUAAUAUCACUGAUGUGAUUAUAGGUCCACUUGUUUCUUAUGGGAAAGUAAAAACAAGGUUGAUUUUUUUCAAAACUGUCUGUACAACAUUCAUAGAACAAAUGGCACAGACAAAGGGAGUGGGGAAAUGUGUUGCAUAGUUUUAUAUCAUUUUUUAUGUGACUCUGUUGGUUGAUUAGAUUUAGUUUACAUGUUUGUCUCUGUGAAACACUUUGACAAACACUUGUGAUUAUAGGCUUCAGAAGUAAAUGACCUUGACUAUUAUGUAGUGUCAUUACCAAAAAUAGCUUCCCCUGAUUCAACCAGUAAAGCUACACCUGAACCAGCCUGCCUGAAGCAUGUACCGUCUAUCUUUUGGUGCCCAGCCCCCUGAUGAAACCUGAGUGACUACCAGCAACCGUAAAAGUACACGAUCACCA